GGACACCUUUAGACGCCGCUCCUGUUUCUCUGUCCCACUCCCUGGAAUCUGGUAAAAGCCAUUGGAAAUGUUUGGGAAACUUCACAGCGCUGUUCGCACAGGGAAUGGAGACGUGUUUCCCUCACUUCUAGGGAGAACUGGGUGCGGGCGUAGAGCCCACCUGCUGUCCACUGGAGAAACUGGGCUUUACCACACACGUGGGGAGAAGUGAAGGUAACGUGCCUGGCUUGGGCCUUCCAAGGCCAGAAGCUGUGAAGUGCUGCUGGGUGUAGUCAUCUCAGCACCCUGGAGGCUGGGGCAGGAGAAUCGCCGUAAUGCCAGCCUGGGCUACAAAGUGAGUUCAAGACCAGGCUUGAAUACAUAGGAAAGCCGCUGCUUGGCCUCAGAGUCUGUGGUGGAGAGAACCCCACACCAAGUCACCUGGUCACUCUACUUCCUCCAGGUGGUGGCCCAGCAGGACUGAAAUACCCGUUCCUAAAUCAGGAGCAGCUGGGUGUCGCUGCUGCCGCAGCAGGAAUAAAAGGUGGUGCUCAAGAAGCCUGGCCAAAGCUGGGCCGAGUGCUCUGCUGCUGCAGUUAGCAUCCUGUCUUGGUGGCGACUGGCCCGGGCCUACGAGGGCAGUGCUGUGGGCCACUAGCUGACCUCGCAGUGCAGUACUUCACCCUCUGGCAGCUCCUCCUUGCUCGACAGCACUGCCCUGCGCUUCCAAGGCUGCAGCCUUCCUCGCUGAAACACCCAUCUGCAAAUAUAAAAGGGUGGGAUCGUGGCAUCGUGCUGGGGGAAGGAGGACCGGCUGGCUUCCCUUUGUGAAGUCAGGGUGCUCAGCAGGUAACUGCGCAGGGGGAGCAAGAGAUGGCCCUCUCCACAUUUGGUGCCGGGAAGCCAGAGCGAUUGUGAGAAUCCAUGCUGACUUGGGAAACAGAAGGACUGAAGAAGUCACGUUUCCACAGAGACCCAGAAGUUGGCCAGUCCUCCUUGGAUUAAGGACCAGAGAACCAUGGAUGCCAUAGAGACAGCAAAACUCGAAGAAGAUUUGGAAAAUCAAAGCAGUGAUGCUCCAAGAACUUACCCCGGCCCGACAGAGCCUGCUGAGGAAGAGGGCAAGGACAUCAAGGAGAAAACCCCAAACCCAGCAGGCGCCCUGCGGAAGGGAGCCCGGAAGUACCCUGACUACAUCCAGAUCGCCAUAGCGACCGACGCCAGGAGCAAGUUCCCCCUGGAGUGGUGGAAGACAGGCAUCGCCCUGGUGUAUGCACUCUUCAGCCUAGUGCUGACCACCAUCAUGAUCACCGUGGUGCAUGAGCGGGUGCCCCCCAAGGAGCUCAGCCCCCCACUCCCGGACAAGUUCUUCGACUACGUUGACCGGGUGAAGUGGGCGUUUUUUGUGUCUGAGGUGAAUGGGAUCAUACUGCUUGGAUUAUGGAUUACCCAGUGGGUGUUCCUGAGAUACAAGUCCAUCGUGGGCCGCCGGUUCUUCUUCCUCCUGGGAACCCUGUACCUGUACCGCUGCAUCACAAUGUACGUCACCACACUUCCGGUGCCCGGGAUGCACAUCCAGUGUGCCCCCAAGCUAAAUGGAGACUCCCAAGCCAAAAUACAGCGGAUCCUCCGGCUGAUCUCAGGUGGCGGAUUGUCCAUAACCGGGUCACACAUGCUGUGCGGUGACUUCCUCUUCAGCGGCCACACGGUGAUGAUGACACUGCUCUAUCUGUUCAUCAAAGAAUAUUCGCCGCGGCACUUCUGGUGGUAUCAUUUGAUCUGCUGGCUGCUGAGCGCUGCCGGGAUCAUCUGCAUUCUCGUAGCGCACGAGCACUAUACUGUUGAUGUGAUCAUUGCUUACUAUGUCACCACGCGGCUGUUCUGGUGGUACCACUCGAUGGCCAAUGAAAAGAACCUGAAGGUCUCUUCGCAGACGAACUUUCUGUCCCGAGCCUGGUGGUUUCCUAUCUUUUAUUUUUUUGAGAAGAAUGUCCAAGGCUCAAUCCCUUGCUCCUUCUCCUGGCCACUGUCCUGGCCUCCUGGCUGCUUCAAGUCGUCCUGCAAAAAGUACUCCCGGGUGCAGAAGUCGGGUGAGGACAACGAGAAGUCCACCUGAGCCACGGGCUGAGCCCCCAGCGAGACCACCGUGCUGUGACCAAAGGCAGAGCUGCGUUCGACUUUGUUUUAGGAGAACUGACUGUCAGCGGAGAGGCAGACCCUAUGCCACAGGCUCAGUUGGGACAGUGACUGAAGCAUUGAUUCACUAUGACUGUUUAAUUCCUGAGAAAGAGAUGUAUUCAUGGGUGACAAACCCCCAAAGUGGGGUUUCACGGUGAGCUUGUUUAAGAGGUGCCAAAGAA